AUGCGUUGCUUCACCAUCCUCGCUGCCGCCACCAUGGUCCUCUUCUCCGUCGUCUCUGCUCAGACCGUACUCCUCGCCGCCUGCACCACUUGCAUCGAGAACGCCGCAUUCGCAGCCGCCCCCGCCUGCAAGGGCCUCGUGGACUCUGACCUUAUUGCUCCCUCCGGGACGCUUAGCGACAAGCAAAAGGCCUGUUUGUGUGGUCUAGUCGCCAACAAGACUUGGAUCGAAGGGUGCAUUGGAGACGACAAGUGUCCCGCAGGAGCGGUCAAGCUAUUUAGAGAGUUGUAUGAAGCCUCUGCAGCCGUCCCUGGUACCUGCGAUAACGUGUCUGCCUCUGCUUCUGCUAAUGAUGGAAGUCGGUUCUGUGGUGCCUCGUCGGCCAAGAUUGCUGCUGCUGGCGCGGCUGCUGUGGCUAUUGCUGGUGCCCUUCUGUAG